ACCUGAUUGGCUCCUUUCACCGUAAGAUCGUCUGACGUCUAACCAUGAACAGGAAGAGCUUGUAAUGUCAGUGAGGUGCACACAGCUCAGGGAGAAAUGGCAGAAACAAGCCUGGGUGCCUUCCGUGUGGUGAAGACCCUCCUCGGAAGUGCAGCAGCUGGUUUUGUGUUCGGACAAGCUGCCUCAUACGCAGUCAAGCCCUCUCUGACUGAAGACGUCACUCUGCUGAAUGCUGCCACUCGAGCUGCUGGACCUGCUGGUUCAACUGGUGUAGCGGUCGUGGCAGCAUGCCUCGUGUUUACAUCAGCACUCCUUUCUCUUGGACUGGGUUUCCUCCUCAGUGCCAUGGUGCUGAAGCUGCUCAAUAAAGCAGGAGUGACCCUGCCGUGGUUGAUUGGAGCCAUGUCAGGGUCAUCAGUCGCAUUGGGUGCAGUCGUCACCGGAGGGUUGGAGGGCAUCAUACCGCCUUGGAUCUACAUCAUGGUUCAGGGUACUCUGGUUCUUAUCGUGUACUCGUACUCCAACAUCAGUGACAUGACAACAGCUCUGUUAAUCAUCUUCACCACUCUGUACACCAGUGUUAUGUUUGGACGAUUGGGUGCCAUACUUGGGUUCUUCUGUAUGGGACUGACCAUCAUCGUUCUCUUUGCUCUACGACGAGCUCUAAAAGCAAGGUCGCCACCAAAACCAGAAUCUAAAACCAGGUGCAAAUUGUUGGAGAGGAUCUUCUUCUACUCUGUUUUUGUGGCAGUUUUGGGUUUUUUUGUUGGUUUGGGUUCAGGUGGGGCAGAAGAAGGCACAAAAACACAAGUGAUUUUAAUUCUACAGUCCGUUCUUUGGGUGGGAUUUCUGUCUGCGGGACUGUUGGGGGCUGGCCUGGGAACUGUGGCCAUGGUUGGACUGGGGCCAGAGGUGGCUGGAAAGGUUUGUGUGGGAGCUGUGGUAAUAACAUCAAUAGCCCUGAGAGUUGUUGUACUUUUGAGCCCUGCUCUAGGACUGAGAAGCUGCUCCGGAGCAGCUUUAGGAGCAACUACAGCUGCAGGAGUGUCACUGGGUGCUGCGAGUGUUUCAGCCAAGCAAACAUUUGGGUCUAGGAAUUCAACAUUGGUACUUUUAGGUUCCGUUAUCUUGGGUGUACUUGUAGCCCUUGAGGUUCCAGGACUGACAUCAACGCAGCUGACAACCUCUGAGCUGGUAACGGUGACAAUCACUGCAGUGGGGGCAUUCGUCUUGGGUGCUCCAAAGAGUCCGUUCCACACUAAGGUGAAUCUACAGCAGGGGCUUCUCACAGGGGCGGAGCUAAUUAAAGGAAUCGGCAUGGAGACGGUCACCGCAGCAGCGGCGCCUAUUGGAGCCGGGGCUCUGGGGGCCGCAGCGUUGGGCACGGCAGCUCUGGGGACGCUGGGUACCGUAGGAGUUCUGGUGGCUAUAGCGUUGGCUUUGGGAAGCGCUCUCAGUGGUAUGCUAGAAAAAUCACCAUCAACAACCAACACACACAGAGACUGAAUGACGACUGAGUUUACAUCUGUUUCUACGACUGGAAUCAAACUCCAGCAUUUUGCUGCUGCCAGUAUUUUUCUAACAAAGAGGAAUGAUAAUAUUUUUUUGUUUUGUGUAGAUAUUUAGUAUUUGUGUGUCAUAAGAACCAUAUAGUUUUGUCCACCAGGAAACCUUGGUAUUUGUGUCCUUUUCAGGACUUAAAUUAUUUUUCUGUGAAAUGAUGGCGAAUCAAUAAAAACACUUUUUUUUGUCAUGUGCCUUAAUGAGACCCCCUCGUCUGUCUUUUUCUCACUUCUGCGCACAUCACAUUUCCCAAGACAUGGCUGUGAGAUUUUAGUGUCAUCUUAACAACAGUAACAGAGGAUUAGCUGUUUACCAGUGGGAGAUGUUGGGGGUGGGAGGUAACAGAGGACUUACCAGAGCACAGAAGAGCAUCAGAGAAGUGAUUCUGGUUUUUAGACACAACCUUGUGAUGCUGUUUACCCGUUUUGAACAUGCAUUACUUUCAAAAGGGUAGCUGCACAUGGCUCCUUUCUACUGCAAAUUCAACAGGAUUUGGAUACUGCAGGCCAUAUUUUCACUAUGAAGUUUUAGUUUGGGAAGAACAAGAAUGAGCAAAUGAUCCUAAAUGUCAUACAAGAGGAUUUUACCAUACGUUUGGGAAUACCGUCGGAGAAACCAAAUGGAGUACCUUUAAAUGAGCAGCAUGUCUGUGGACCGUGUCAAUACAACAAACGCAGAGCAGUCCACCGAGUGCUCUGCAGAGUAUUCAGGACCGGCUCCCAGUGAUCCGAGCCAUACCCGGGAUGUGGCUGUCCUCCAGUCCAGCUGCUGCCGCUGCCUGCCCCGGUCAGUGCGACUUACCUUUACCCCCGAGUCCUUGGAGAGGCUGUACCAGAACUACUUUCGUCGGCAGAGAGAAGAGAACCUGCUGGUCUUGGUGUUAUUUGCAGCCCUCUUCAACAGCUUCAUUAUCAUUAUGUGUGCAGUGGUGUACACCGAGGACAAACUGGCCAUGGUGGUGGUCGCUGCUGUGGGGCUGGCAGCGGAUGUAGUUCUCUACCUGCUCUGCUGGUUCCAAAAACUCCCUACAUCCCCCGUGGCACGAGGAGCGACGCCAUAUGUGCUGUGGCUGAUGGUCACCAUCCAUGUCUUGUGUUACAUGGGACUGAACUACGAGCGAUUCUCUGAUGCAAGCGACUCUGUGGGCUGGCAGGCUUUCUUCAGCUUCUCCAGCUUUCUGACCUUACCGCUGAAUCUGCUGCCCCUCGUCCUCCUCGCAACGCUCUCCUGUGGGAUACACACCCUGACACUGGGGGUCACUGUGGCUCAAAGGUUUGGGGAUAAUCUCCAGGGGCCCAUGCUGGUGAGACAGCUGCUGGCCAAUGUGAUGCUGUACCUGUGUGCAGCCACGGUGGGCGUGAUGUCAUUUUACAUGGCCGACAGGAAGUACAGAACAGCGUUUUUGGAAGCUCGUCAGUCUCUGCAGGUUAAACUGACUCUGGAGGACCAGAGCACCCAGCAGGAGGAACUGUUGCUCUCCAUCCUGCCGAAGCAUAUCGCAGACGAGAUGCUGCAGGGCAUGAAGAACCAGGCCAAUCAGAACGAGGUCCAGCAGCAGCAGCAGUUCAACACCAUGUACAUGUACCGCCAUGAAAACGUCAGUAUACUCUUUGCAGACAUCGUGGGCUUCACCCAGUUAUCCUCAGCCUGUAGUGCACAAGAGCUGGUGAAGCUGCUCAACGAACUGUUUGCCCGCUUCGAUAAACUGGCCUCACAACAUCACCAACUGAGAAUUAAGAUUCUUGGAGACUGUUACUACUGCAUCUGUGGUCUGCCAGACUUCAGGGAAGACCAUGCUGUUUGCUCUAUAAUGAUGGGCCUUUCAAUGGUGGAGGCUAUUUCGUACGUGCGCGAAAAGACAAAAACCGACGUGGACAUGCGCGUGGGUGUUCACACAGGCACUGUGCUCGGCGGAGUCCUCGGUCAGAAGCGCUGGCAGUUUGACGUUUGGUCAACAGAUGUCACUGUGGCCAAUAAGAUGGAGUCUGGAGGAAUCCCUGGGAGAGUGCACAUUUCCCAGAGCACUAAGGACAGUCUGCAUGGGGAAUUCGAGGUAGAGCCUGGAAACGGGGGAGAGAGGUGCGAGUACCUGCUGGAGAAAGGAAUUGACACUUACCUGGUUCUCAAACCCAAACAGGAAGCAAAUGGACUCAAUGGAACCACACCUGGGGCACUGACCAGCAGAAAUUCAAAUCAGGUGAUCAAUACAACGAUGACCAAUGGGAACACAGUCUCACCUCAGUCAAUGCUGACUAGCCCUAAACAGGAGAGAAAUAAAAUGGCUGACGAACAAGCAAUCAAUAGACGACUGCAGCAGGAACUUCUGGACAGAGAAUCUCAGCAAAUAAUGAAGGAUCAAAUCAACCCCGUUUCACUGCGCUUUGUGGAUGGAAAGUUAGAGGAGCACUACUCCUCGGAGAAGGAGAAGAGAAGUGGCGCGGCCUUCAGCUGCUGUGUCAUUGUGCUCUUUUUCAUCACAGCAAUGGAAGUGUUUAUUGACCCACUGUUGGUUGUGAACUACGUGACUCUCGCUGUUGGCCAGCUGUUGUUGCUUAUUCUCACAGUUUGCUCCCUAGCUGCAAUCUUUCCUAGGAUGUUCUCUAAGAGGUUGGUUUCCUUCUCAAUGUGGAUCGACCGUACACGGUGGGCUCGGAACACGUGGGCCAUGGCAGCCAUAUUUGUUCUAACCAUGGCCGUAAUAGCCGACAUGCUAAGUUGUGUCCCGCCUUCACUGAGGCUCUUUAACAGUACCUUUGGCCCGAUGCUGGAGUCUCUUGGCGACCGAGGCUGUGCGGAAAAUCCAAAGUAUUACAGCUUCAUGGCUGUGAUGUCACUCAUCGCAACCGCCAUGCUGGUUCAGGUCAGCCACCUGAUCAAACUGGGCCUCAUGGUGUUAGUUGUCACAGCAACAGGAGCAGUAAAUAUUUACAGCUGGAGUGACAUAUACGACUUGUAUGAUUUUAUACAGUUUGCCUCCUACAGAACAUCCAUAGUGCCAUCAAAGUAUCUCAUGACAAUGAUGAUUAUCGUCAUGAUGAUAAGCUUUUACGUCUUUGCUCGCCAUCUGGAGCGUCAGUCCAGGAAGCUGUUCUUGUGGAAGAUUGGGGUUCACGACCAGAAGGAGCGGGUGUUCGAGAUGAGGCGCUGGAACGAGGCACUGGUGACCAACAUGCUGCCAGAGCAUGUGGCCAAACACUUUCUGGGCACUAAAAUGAGAGACGAGGAGCUGUACAGUCAGUCUUACGAUGAAAUUGGUGUGAUGUUUGCCUCCAUUCCAAACUUUUCUGAUUUCUACACCGAAGAGAGCAUCAACAACGGAGGCAUCGAGUGUCUCAGGAUCCUCAAUGAGAUCAUUUCAGAUUUUGACAGCUUAUUGGACCGAGAUGAGUUCAGGUGUAUCACAAAGAUCAAGACGAUAGGAAGCACAUACAUGGCUGCCUCUGGACUAACGCCCGAAAGCAACACCAAUGGAUAUGGCAGCCGUAAGCCAGAAGACCAGUCACUCACUGAACGCUGGCAGCACCUGUCUGAGCUGGCAGAUUUUGCCCUGGCCAUGAAGGUCACUCUUGAUAACCUCAACAAGCAGUCCUUCAACAACUUCAUGCUACGGAUCGGUUUGAAUAAAGGAGCUGUUCUGGCUGGAGUAAUUGGAGCCCGUAAACCUCACUAUGACAUCUGGGGUAACACAGUCAAUGUGGCCAGUAGAAUGGAGUCAACUGGUGUGAUGGGCAACAUCCAGGUGGUGGAGGACUGCUAUGACAUCCUGAAGGAAUACGGCUUCCGCUUCAUUCGAAGAGGGCCCAUAUUUGUCAAGGGAAAAGGAGAGCUGCUUACCUUUUUCAUGAAAGGGAAAGACAAGUCUAGCGGCAAAGCAGGUCCGAGAACAACUGCUCUCCCGCACCAAGUGGAUGACCUUCCCUGACUUUUUUCACCUGAAUAUUUCAAUUAACAUGCAAACAGAUUUAAGGGCAAUGGUAGCUUUGCUCCACUCUUCUUGUACACAGUUGUUUUUCCAACAUAUUUUUAUAAACUCUGCUGCUUAUGUUAGCAGCAAAAAGGUACACAAACCAAUAAAUUCAAACACCACUGCAAAAUAAUCAUGACUAUUAGAAAACUGCAGUAAAUUUUUUUGCAAAGUUAUGCAAUAGGUCCCACACUGAUGGCAUCAGAACAAACAAACCUGUGGUCUUUUCUAAAUAGUGCCAAGAAACACAGGUGACAUUCUCAAAUAACAGAAACACUUUUACAUUUUCUUUUGUGUAACUGUAGCAUGUAGAAUCCGUUUGGUAACAUCAAUCGAUGCAAUGAAAUGAAUUUCUUCUUCAGGUGAACACAGAGCUUGCCUUACUCUCACCAAUGACAUAAAUGACUCAUUAUUAAUUUUUUAUUUGUUGAUAUUAAGUCACAUUUAAGUCUAUAGCCUUAAAACACAAGGAUGUCUAAGAAUGCAGCAAGAGUCAGAAUGUAAAUCUGUGUUUAUAAUUCCAUUGAUGUAUGUAACAAACAUGUAAUAUACUUUGUUUUACCUUGUGGCUAAUUACAUUGCAUUUACACUAUUAAUAAAUUAUAUUUAGUC